UCCGCCGCCGCCGCCGCCGCCCGCCGCCCUCCGCCCGCUGUCUGUUCCUCGCUCCUUCCUCCCUUCCCUCCUCCCUCUCCCCCCUCUCUCCCUCCCCCCCCCCGCUCCCGCUCCGGGAGAGCCGGCGGGCCCGCCAUGGGCGCCUACCUGUCCCAGCCCAGCACAGCCAAGAGCUCCGGGGACGGCGCCGGGGCUGGGGCGCGCCCGCUGCACUUCGGCUUCAGCGCCAUGCAGGGCUGGCGCGUCUCCAUGGAGGACGCGCACAACUGUAUCCCGGACCUGGACGGCGAGACGGCCAUGUUCUCGGUCUACGACGGGCACGGAGGGGAAGAGGUUGCUCUGUACUGUGCCAAGUAUCUUCCCGAGAUCAUCAAGGAUCAGAAGGCAUAUAAGGAAGGCAAGUUACAGAAGGCCCUCGAAGACGCCUUUCUGGCCAUUGAUGCCAAGCUGACCACCGAGGAGGUCGUCAGGGAACUGGCGCUGAUGGCAGGACGGCCCCAAGACGACGGGGGGGAGGAGAAGGAGGAGGAGAAGGUGGCCGAUGAAGACGACGUGGACAACGAGGAGACCACCUUGCUGCACGAGGAGGCCACCAUGACCAUUGAGGAGCUGCUCACGCGCUACGGCCAGAACUGUGUCAAGGGCAAGGUGGGGCCACCGUGCAAAGAGUUGGGCCAGCAGGAGCCCCAGGAGCGGAGCCUGAACGGGGAGGCCGGGGCUGAGGAGCUCGCGAGGCAUUGCCACCAGGAGGAGGAGGAGGACCAUGGCAAGGUGUGCCCCCAGUCCGCUAGUGCCUCUCCCGGCCCCGACGCAGCUGGCAGGGGGGAUGCCAGCAGCGCCCUCUUGAAAAAGGCCCCCGAGGGAGCAGCGCCUGCCACUGGGGAGGCUGAGCCGUCCUGCUCCUCUGCCAGCAAGGCCCAGCGAACUGCCAAGUCCAAGUUCUUUGAGGACAGCGAGGAGGAGUCGGAAGAGGAGGAGGAGGAGGAAGAAGGUGAAGACGAAGGCGACAGUGAGGAAUGUAGUGAAGAUGAGGAUGGGUAUAGCAGUGAGGAGGCGGAGAACGAGGAGGAGGAGGAGGACGACGACACGGAGGAAGCGGAGGAGGACGACACGGAGGAGGCGGAGGAGGAGGAGGAGGAUGAAGACGUGAUGCUUCCGGGCAUGGAGGGCAAGGAGAAGCCUGGCUCCGACAGUGGCACAACGGCAGUGGUGGCCCUUAUCCGGGGCAAGCAGCUCAUUGUGGCAAACGCAGGGGAUUCCCGCUGCGUGGUCUCGGAAGGCGGCAAGGCUGUGGACAUGUCCUACGAUCACAAGCCCGAGGACGAAUUGGAGCUGGCCAGGAUCAAGAACGCUGGCGGGAAGGUGACCAUGGAUGGCCGGGUGAAUGGGGGCCUCAACCUCUCCAGAGCCAUUGGAGACCACUUCUACAAACGCAACAAGAACCUUCCCCCGGAGGAGCAGAUGAUCUCAGCACUGCCAGACAUCAAGGUGCUGACAAUCAACGAUGACCACGACUUCAUGGUCAUCGCCUGUGAUGGCAUCUGGAAUGUCAUGAGCAGCCAGGAAGUGGUGGAUUUCAUCCAGUCCAAGCUGACUCAGAAGGAGGAGAGUGGGGAUCUGCGGCCCCUUUCGUCCAUAGUUGAAGAACUCCUGGACUGCUGCUUGGCUCCCGACACGUCUGGCGAUGGGACUGGCUGCGACAACAUGACCUGCAUCAUCAUCUCGUUCAAGCCACGCCCCAGCCAGGGCCCCGCUGCUGAGGGCAGCAAGCGGAAACUUGAGGACACGGCGGUGGCAGCGGCAGAAGCGGCAGCCCCCACGGAAGAGGAGAGCUGCAGCAAGAAGGCCAGGCAGGACUAGCAGCCGGCCCGCCGCUGGGCUGGGCAUGGCUGGACUCUGUUUUCUAAACCACACUGAACUCUGGCUGCCGCUCUGGUGUCGGCCUUUUUUAGCCUUAGGGAGGCCCCGUUGGUCUGUGUCCGGUGGGGGGGUGGGCUUGCGUUGGCCCCACUGUUCCUUUGAAACCAUUCCAAAGAGUGAAUGGCCGGGGAGGGGAAGGCAGGGCCUGGCCUGAGCCCAGAAGCCAGCCCGCCCCCUGCUUGCGCCCCCCACCCACCCCCCUGCAGCAUCUCUUGUGGUGGUUGCCAUUUCUGUGCCUGUGAUGUUUCUGUUGGCGGGAAGCAGUUUUUCAUUGUGGAGGUUUCUGAUCUGCACCCCUAUUUAAGGCCUUCUGUUUUUUAUUUGUGGGGCUGGCAGCCUCCACCCCACCCCGACACACACACACACACACACACACACACAGUGGCCGCCACACCCUCGUUCUGUGUCAUUCACUUUCAGCUGAGAUUUUUUCAAACUAAAAGCCCCCAAACUGA